AUGUCGAUUGUUAAGAUAACUCUUACACACUCUGCCAGCCCGAAUGUGGUUCCUGAAAAGCGUUUUGCUCUAACGCAAUCUGUUGAAAGCGUCAAGCAGAGCGUUUAUUCCCACUUUGGGACCCCGUCCGCAUACUGUCGUAUGGAGCUCUACGAUGAUCGUGGUAUACUAAUCGAAGCGAACAUGAAUGACGCUAAAAUGUUAGGCUACUAUCAAUGCAAAGAUGAAUAUCGGAUUCAUGUUGUGGACACACAGCCUGCGGAAACCAUUUCAACCUUUGAUGACCUUACGAAGGUCGAGAAGUUCGAGAUUAGUGAGGAGGAGUGGCUCAAGCGAGGCGAUAACGUACGUGCCUUUAAGCGGCAAAUGCUAGCUCGGCAGCGAGCGGAGAUGGAGGCUGCCGGGGUUACCCCAGAUCCCGUGGACGCACUCAACGCAGAUAGCUACAAGGAAAGCGCCGAACAGAUUCAAGUUGGUAACCGCUGCCGAUGCAAGCCCGGAGACCGUCUUGGCGAAGUGAAAUAUGUGGGUCGUAUUGCAAAGCUGAAGCCAGGCUUCUGGGUCGGUGUGAAGUUUGAUGAGCCUGUGGGGAAAUCGGAUGGCAAAGUGAGUGGGCAACGAUUGUUUGAGUGUGCGCCACUGUAUGGCGGUUUUUUACGACCAGAUCAAGUAGAGGUAGGAGAUUUCCCGCCGGAGGUUUUAUUUAAUGAGGAUGAUUAG